GGUUAUCUUCUUGUUUAUUGUUAUUAAGAGGCCCUAAGAGGGUAAUGUUUGUUGAACCGGCGCUUGAUGCUCGAACUGAACGGAAAUAUAAACUUUUACUUUAGUAUUUAUGUUGCAUUGUUAAUAGAAAAGAUGAAAUAUCAAUUAAUAAGUGUCAAUAAUAUGUAUCUAAGAUCAAAUUCUCUUUUAGGUCUGUUAAAGAAAAGAGUAGGCCUAUCAUGGUUACAGAUUAGGAAAAUUACAAAACAGGAAGCGUUAUUGCCUGAGAUGGAUUUAAAAGUGAAGGAUGAUAUUGAAAGCGAACGGAUAAAACCAAGAAAACAUCCAGGAGUUCUUAAACAACCUACUUGUUCACUGCCUGAAGAUAUUGUAAAAACUGUCAAAAUUCUUACAGAAGAUCAUACCAUCAAGCAUUUACUAGACGAUGCAAAAGUGCUCACCAACUACUUAUAUAGCCGUCAUUAUCCCUGGGAGGAAGAAGAUUUACGAGAAAGGGUAGCCAGUUUUAAAGAAAACGUAAAAUCCAGAAUGCCUCCACUACCCGAUGAUUUCACUGACGACCAGGCUCACCACUAUAACAACUUAGUGAAGGCCAGUGUUGCUAACCUUAUGAGCAAAUAUAACUAUAGGUGGAGCCCUCUAGAUUUACAAGAGUACUCGUCUAUGGUGUAUUUGAUGGCUCGAUCCGCACCUAAUUACGCUGCCGUCAUGAGAGUGUUCAGAGAAAUCGCAAUGCUUCACCCAGACUACAAACCUGUCAACUUGUUUGACUUUGGGGCAGGAAUAGGAUCUGUUUCAUGGGCAGCCAAAGCAUAUUGGGGAGACUCGUUGAAGGAGUUUGUGAACAUUGACAGCUCCAACAGUAUGAAUGAGUUAUCCAGUCUCAUCAUCAGAGGUGGGAAUCCUGAAAUUGAGGUUCCUCUGAACGUUUACUAUCGAUCCUUCUUGCCUUCCCAACACCGAAAGUACAGCAUCGUGGUGAGUGCACAUUCACUGCUAGAACUGCCUAGCCGGGAUGCUCGUCUCAAUACCCUGCUGAAUCUUUGGCACAAAACACAAGACUUCCUGGUCAUCGUGGAACAAGGGACCAAGCCUGGCUUCAAGGUUAUUGUUGAAGCAAGAGAUUUCAUUCUUUCAUUGGCCAAUGAAAAAACUCCAGCUCAUGUUGUAGCCCCAUGCCCCCAUGAAGAAGGUUGUCCCAGGUACCUACGAGGUCCAUAUCCUUGCCAUUACCAAGUAAAGUAUUUUGAUUUACAAGUGGGAAAGAAGGAAGAAAUAAAAAAGGAGCUGCUGUCUUAUGUGAUCAUUAAGAAAGGUGAGAGGCAGCCAGGCCCUGAGAGCGAGUGGCCAAGAGUCGUGCGACCUGUGCUGCAGCGACACAACCACGUCAUCUGUCGCCUCUGCACACCUCAUGGUGACCUGCGUGAGAUCAUCUUCACCAAGAGUAAACAUGGCAAGGUGUUGUACAAAUGUGCCAAAGUAACCAGCUGGGGAGAUAGACUACCAGUCAAGUUAUCUCCAGUAGACACUGAGACUGAGACACAAGAAAGUGGAGAUGACGAAACGUGAUGUAGCCUAACUGUUGUGCACAACAUGUAAAUAAUAGUAUAGUAAAAUGUA